AUGAGCACCUUAUUUGAAGGAAUCGAAAAACGCAUAAUAAUCAAGCUAAGGAAAAAUUUGUUUGCGAACGGAAACAUAAAUUCCCUAUUAGAUAUAUCACGAGAUUUAUGGGAAGAAAAACUUCAUUUAAUAGGUUGUAAUAUAGUAUCCGAAAUAAAAGAAGAUAUAAAUGCACCAUCAAACGAAAGAUGUAGAGUAUACUUAUUAUCAGAAAGCUCAUUAUAUAUAUAUAAUGACAUGAUAUUUAUAAAAACAUGUGGCAAAACAAAAAUACUAUUUUUUAUUCCUUUCCUUGUUGAUAUAUUAAUAUAUAAAUUGAAAAAAUACUUUAUCUUAGAAAAAUUCUAUUUAUACAAUGAAUCCUUUAUUCAAAAUAAUACAGAGUUAGAAGAAAUUGUAGAUUUUAUACAAAAUUAUUUUGAAUAUACCAUUUUCACACACAUGAAUUAUAAAAAUGUAACAAAAGAUGGUCGUUAUUAUCAAGAAUAUCCCCACAAAUCGAUUGAAGAUGAACAAGUUUUUUUCAAAUUUUUUCUAAAAAAUAUGGAAUUUAUUAACACGCCCUUACCUGCAAAUAGAAAUCAUUACAUUUUUUUUUCGCAAGUUAACAAAGAUGCAACAAUAGAUACUUCUGCUUUGAACGUAUUCCCAAAUUUUUGCUCUGAAAUGCAUUUAUUUGGGAUUAAAAAAUAUAAUAUGCCAAACCAAUUUCAUAAUGAGUAUUUAACUUAUGAUUUGUUCAAUGUACUUUCGAACCACUCUAGAAAUGUUCCAAAAUCUGAAGAAAACGAAAAGACAGAGAUAUGUAGCAGUAGUGUAUAUUCAUUUGACUCAGUUGAAAAUUCAUCAAAAUCCAUAAGCAAUACUACAAAUACGACUAUUAUAGCAAAUGUUUCUAAAGAUCUAGAUAAUAACUCAACUAGUACUUUGUAUAGUGCAAUAGACGAACAAAUACUAGUACCAACUUGUGCUGAUGACAAAAAUAAUUGUUUAAAUGAAUCAGAUGCAAAACUAUUAUUAGCUGAUGAAAAUUCAAAAAAUAUGGACAAGAACAAUGCGCAAGUAUUCGAUGAUAAUAAUAAUUAUAUCUUUAUUUCAACUUCUAAAGCCGACGAAACUUAUAGUAAUACUAAUAGUGUUAGAAGCAAUGGCAAGAGUACAUGCAGCACCAGUAGCACUUAUACUUCUUUAUUACAAAACGAUUUAAAAGAACUUCAUCCAAAAAAUCGUGCUAUGGGCAUAAUAGAAGAUGAUGGUAAACUUUUAGUAGAAGAAGAAGUUAUUAGUUACAUAAGCAAUGACGAAAUAAUCGAUGCAAAAGUUGAUAACCUUGAUAACUUAUCAAACAAAACUAUGUUGGAUAAUAAUUUAGAUAAAAAUUAUGAACAAAUCCCAGCAAUCGAAUCUUCCUUAUCAUCUUUCACAGUUGUAUCUUCUGAUUUGCUUAAUAAAAAUACAAAUGACGAAAAAAGCGGAGACAAUAUAUCAAGCAAUAUGCGCAUUAAAAGAAUCGAAGAAAAUUUAUAUGAAUGUAUAAAUUUACAAAAUAAUGAUAAACUUAUGUAUAACGAAUUCCAUUUUGUUCCAUGCGGAUAUUCUUGUAAUUUAGCAAAUAAAAAUAAUUAUUUAUGUGUCCAUUAUUCGCCUGAAGAUGGUGUUUCAUAUGUAUCGAUAGAAUUAUCCAGCGCAUUGAAAUCAGUAAAUUUUAUGAAUUUUGUAAAAAAAGAGUUGAAUUUUUAUAAUGGACAAUAUUUAUACAUAGUUAAUUAUUUGUAUGAUUUGAACGACAAUACAUUGGCACAGAAAACUGAAGAUAAUAAUAAGAGUAUAAAAGCCAUCAAUGAAGUAGCAGAAAUAAAUAAAAAAUUGGACAACAACAUUAUUAUCAACAAGCAUCAAUGUUACAGUUUAUGCGAAAAAAAAGAACAAUCUGUUGGCUUUUUAAAAAUUCAAUAUUAUGCUUAUGAACAGAAAAAUUUUAUUCAAAGCGAAGAACAAAACAAAUCAUAUAAUUCUAUUUAUUUCCAACAGCCUAACAAAAAUGCACAGAAUAUUAACAGUAUGUAUGAAUAUAGUUAUAAGUUUUGCAAAGAAAAUAACAUUCAUAUCAUUGAUAUAGACGAUAAUUUGAAUUCGAUGGGUAAUACUACAAACCCCAAUCGUAAUAAUUAUUUUGUAAAGAAUUCUAAUGAUAAAGUUGAUGAUAUUCAUAUGGAAAAGGAUUCAAAUACACUAAACUACAAUUGUGAAACAGCAAAACGAGCAGAUUCUAUAUCACCUUUUCUUUUAGGUGGACAAGAAGUUCAAAGCGAAAAAAGUAAGUUGGCUUCUGAAACGAAUAGCAAUAACGCAACCGAUAAUAACACCGAAUUUGAUUUGGAAAAAGAACAUAAAGAAGAAAUUAUGAAUUAUUAUCGUAAUAAUAAAGCAGAAAUAUGUACAUUUAAUAAAAUGUUAAACGACGAUAUUGACACAUCAGUAGUUUGCAUUAAUUUACAAAAAGUAUUAUUACAAUAUAUACGAUUUAAAAGAAACCUACCAAGAGUUACACCAUUUUUUGCAGUAAAAAGUAACAAUGAUGAAAAUGUCAUAAAAUUUUUAUAUGGGUUAAAUUGCAAUUUUGAUUGUGCAUCCGUUGGUGAAAUAAACAAAUUAACAACCCUUCUCCCAAAUAUGUCAAGAGAUAGAAUUAUUUAUGCUAAUACUAUUAAAAGCCCAUCUUCAUUAAAAUAUGCAAAAGAAAAUAAUAUAAACUUAUGCACAUUUGACAAUAUUGAUGAGUUGAAAAAAAUAUUUAAAUAUCAUCCUACUUGCUCAUUAAUUUUACGUAUUAAUAUAGACUUUAAAAAUUAUAAAUCAUAUAUGUCAUCAAAAUAUGGUGCAAAUGAAUUUGAAUGGGAACAAAUUUUUAAAUUUGCAAAAGAAAAUAAUCUUAAAAUUGUAGGUGUAUCAUUUCAUGUAGGUAGUAAUACAAAAAAUUCAUUCGAUUUUUGUCAAGCUAUAAAAUUAUCGAGAGAUGCUUUUGAUAUGGGCAGUCGAUUUGGGUUUAAAUUUGAAAUUUUAAAUUUAGGGGGUGGAUUUCCUGAAGAAUUAGAAUAUGAUCGUGCAAGAAAAAAUGAAAAAAAACAUUAUUGUACUUUAAAUGAAGAAGAAUUAAAAAAAGAAAUCAUAAACUUUUUAAAUGACAAAUCAGCUAUUAAAAAAAAUUAUAAUUUUCAUAAUUUUGAAAAGCUUGCACUUGCUAUUAAUAUGUCUAUAAAUCAUUAUUUUAAAGAUAUAAAAGAUCAAUUGAAAAUUAUAGCUGAGCCUGGUAGAUUUAUGGUUGCUUCUUCAUCAACACUAGCUUGUAAAGUUAUUGGAAAAAGAUGCCCUGCUUUUUCUCCUAUCAGAUUGUCCAGUUUGAAAAAUGAUGAAAAUAAUAAUGGCAAUAUGGUAAAAAACGAACAAGUGGCUAACAAUGGCAAUGGUCAACAAAAUGGUGAUGGAAAUAUACAAAAUAAAGACCAAGGCAAUUGCACAGGAACUAUAGCAGAUACAGAAUUAAAAACCGAAAAAAAAAAUACUGGUUUACCAUCUGAAGUAUGCAAUAAUGGAGAGAUACAAACAGACAAUGGAAAAACUUUUAUUCCUGGAAGUGCAUUUAAUCAUGAAGAUAAUUCAAAACUAGGAAAUAUAACAAAUAUUAAAAAAAAUGUUGUUAGUAUUCAUGAUAAUAAAUAUAAUUAUUAUUCAUAUUAUAUAACUGACAGUAUUUAUGGAUGCUUUAGUGGAAUUGUUUUUGAUGAAUAUAGCAGACAACCAAUAUAUAUUAUAAAUAAUAACAAAACGGGCUCAAAACAAAUGAUAUUAGAUUCUCCUUUGUAUUUAACAAAGAUAUAUGGCCAAUCAUGUGAUGGCCUUGAUAUGAUUACUUCGUCUACCUAUUUACCUGAAUGCAAUAUAAGUGAUUGGAUUAUAUACGAAUAUUCAGGCGCGUAUACUUUUGUUAGUGCCUCAGACUUCAACGGAUUUCAACCCUGCCAAAAGGUUUACAUUUUCCCUCGAAAUAAAUUUCCCUUUCCCGUCUGA